GUCGGAUCAGAGUCAGACGCCCCUCCUCCUCCCCCUAAUAGGGUUCAGGGUGUCAGCAACCUGAGGCUCGAAAUCCCCAUUGGAUUCCAUUGUUUAUAUUGAGUUCAAUACUGACAACACGCGCCGGCGCCGCCAAGUUGUAGAUCGCAGUCAUGGAUCGGUUUCAGCAGUCCAAGAACGAAGAUAGGCUCACCACGCUGACCGACGAUGUUUUGCUCAAUAUCUUGGGGAGAGUCGGCCUAUGUACGGCGGCAAGGACGAGCGCGCUGUCGACGCGGUGGAGGCAGCUGCCUUGGCUGCUGCCUGAGCUCAGCAUUGAUGUCAAGGAUUUCCUACGUGCUCCACACGCAGACCCAGUCGAGGAAGAUGACAUGCUCAGAGCGAUGGCGUCUCUGACCCAAGCAGUAAGGUGUUUGUUUACUAGACCUCGGAGGCGAUCCACCGUCAUAAAGCUGCAGCUUAAUCUCUACUUGAUCGACUGCUUCUCGAGAGAUAUUGGCCCACUACUAUCUGAAGCUAUUGACGCCGGUCUACUCAAAGAUCUGGACCUUACCGUUCUUGAUGAGACAGAUUACCAAUGUUAUCAGUAUAUGCGAAGCCUUGCCAAACGCAUGCAUGAGUCUUUCAGUGCCUACCCUAGUGUGCCCCAUUGCCUCACAAGACUCUCUCUAUGCAACAUGUGCUUUGAACAAUUGGACAUGCACCAUAUCCUCUUUGACUGCUGCAAACAACUCAAGCAUCUAACCAUGUCUAACUGUGAUGCUGGUUGUUGGUCCCUGUUGAAGAUAGACGCACCCAACUCAAACCUGAAAGUCUUGGAGCUAGACGACAUGUGUUGUUUUGAGAGAAUUGAGGUUGUCUGCCUUCCCAAGCUGGAGAAGCUCCAUUGGGAUACUUGGAUAUCUGAAUAUGCCCCCUUGUCUUUUGGUUUUGCUCCGUCCCUCGUGGAAUUACACCUCUCAAAUGCCUUCAAGAUUAAACAGCAUGAACUUAAAUUAAGCCAGCUUCUACAUGGAGCCGGAGGCAUUCAUACUCUCACAUUGGAUUUCCGAGGAGAAAACAUCUGGCUGCAACCUGAAAUAAAAGAACUGUCCUCCACAUUCAGCAAGCUAAGGAAGCUAUUCAUACUAGAGGUCUUUUUUGAAUUUGACCUUCUAUGGAUCACAGCAUUUCUUGAGGCGGCUCCUUCUGUUGAAAUACUGCAUAUUGGGGUACAUGAACAUGUAUGCGAAUUUGGUAUUCAGAGCGGACCUGAGAGUUUUCCUGAAACAACAAAUCCUCAGUGGGAGAUGGACUUCGGCGGCUCGACGAACUUGCUACUGAAAGAGCUCCAAAUUGUCGGGUUUAGACCGCUAGAGCAGCAGCUGACUUUUAUAAGAGCGAUACUGGAACGAGCCCCCAAUCUGCGGACGGUGGUUCUGAAGGAUGUCGAGCAUUGUGACGAUUGUAAUGCCCUCGCCCUCAGUGCGCAGCCCGGUGCGUUGCCAUGGCCUGUGUUUCCCAAGAACAAGGAUGAGCGAGACACGGUGGUCAGGCGAGUCAUGGAUGGCACGUCCUUCUCAGGACGGAUAAUUUUUAUGUGAUUGGCAAGCCGUAGGUUUAGAUAGAGUAAUUAUCAUCUCUAAACAGAGUAAAAAACUAGAAAUGCAACAAAACAGAAAAGAUGUAGUUGCUUCUAUCAUUAAAUGGCCUUUCUGCAGGGCAACACUCACGCUUUAUUAAGUUCCGGCCUUGCGGGUGCAGGCAACGUCUACGCUGACAUGAUAAAAUUCAAAAGACAACAGAAUGCUAGUCUUUCGCACAAAGUACCACUAGUCAUGGAGUAAAAUUAUAAUCAAGACCCAAACUCUUUCGAGUUUGACACCAAU